AUGAAAAAUACUUCGAUUUCAAGACCACUUCUGAUUCUAGUGCUGUUUGCAAUUCUGUUUAUUGCAUAAGCUUAAGCUUUGACUUUCAAGGGUGUAAUAGAUUUAGUUUUCAUGCCAUUUUACGGAGCCUAUCAUGGAAGUGCUGACUGGAUUAAUAAUUAAAUAGCUCUACUGCUUUUCCAAGGACUAUUCCAUGUGUGCUUGAUUGAGACCUUUUUCUUUACUUUCAUCUUUAAUGAUGAAGGAGUUGCAUUCUACUAGUGCUACUCAAACUUUCCCAAGCAAGUUCUAUUCUUUUGA